UGCUUUGACUAUUAGUUUCCCAUAUUUGUAAUUAAUUGAAUUUAGUUUCAUUUUACUUGGCAAUCAUGUCACAAGAAUCAGAAUCUUUUGAUAAACUAAUUGCUAUUAUUGGCGAUGAGGACACUUGUGUUGGAUUUCUGCUUGGCGGCAUUGGCGAAGUCAACAAGAGUUUGGAGUCCAACUUUAUGGUUGUUGAAAGAGAUACUACAGCCGAGGAGAUUGAAGCUUGCUUUAAGCGUUUUGUUAGCCGUUCGGAUAUUGGCAUUAUAUUGAUAAAUCAAAUAUAUGCGGAUAUGAUACGUAAAACUAUCGAUGCCCAUACAAUGGCCAUACCAACUGUAUUGGAAAUACCAUCAAAACAACAUCCUUACGAUCCUAGCAAGGAUUCCAUUUUGAAAUUAGUUAAUGGCAUCUUUAAGUCACCUGCCAGGAAAAAUUUACUAUAGAAAAUAACUCAUACAACUUUUCAACUUUGGCGUUUUAAGGAAAUUGCCAAAAAAAAAUAAAUAAGAAAAGAAAGAAACUAACAGA